UGUGUGGACAGUAUUAUCGGCGACGCGAUGGCCGUCGCCGACGAUCACCUGAUCGGCGAGUGUUGUCUGGAUGUGAACUGCGGUGUCGGCGGUCAGGAGGCGAUGCUCUUCACCAAAGAGUUGUUCGACGUUUACGUCAGUCUCUGUGCGCACAAGAACUGGAACUAUUCGGUUGCGGACAACGAUUGCGAUACCGUUGCCGGCGGUUCCCGACACUCGUCGCUCAUCAUAUCGGGAACCGAUUGCUAUCGACUCUUGAGACACGAGGCGGGCGUUCAUCGGGUCCAACGGUUCCCGAAGACAGACCGGCAUAGAGUGCACACAUCGACCGCAACGGUGGCCGUAAUACCCGUCCGGCACGACGUGAUUGACAUCAAAGACAAGGAUCUGGUGUUUACUAUGACCACAUCGCAGGGCGCGGGCGGACAACACGUGAACCGUACGCUUACGUGCGUUCGCGUCAAACACUUGCCGACGGGAGUGACCACUGAGUGUCAGGAGACCCGAAGUCAGCUCCAGAACAAAGCGAUUGCUUUAACGAAACUCAAAGCGAUUAUCAAUCAAAUGGCGUACGAGAAGAAGCGAUCCGAAGACGUGACCACAAAGAGGGCGCAGAUAGGGAUCGCCGCCCGAAGCGAUAAGAUCAGGACAUAUAACUUCCCGCAGAAUCGCAUUACAGACCACCGCCUGAGCGAUGAUAUCCACGACAUCGAGUCCUUCAUGAGAGGAAAUUCAGACAAAUUGUUGUAUUUUCUCAACAAAUUAGAGGAACAGAGGCUCGCGUUUAUGAUGCAGAAGAUUAGGGAACAUUUGGAUCAGUUCUUGAGCUGA